AUGUCAGGCUCUGCGGGUUAUGAUCGACAUAUCACCAUCUUCUCCGACCAGGGUCGGUUAUAUCAAGUCGAAUAUGCCUUCAAAGCAAUCACCGCAGCCAAUAUUACGUCCGUAGGAGUCAGAGGCAAGACAUGCGCCGUGGUAUUAUCGCAAAAGAAGGUCCCGGACAAAUUGAUUGAUCCAUCCUCAGUCUCCCAUGUCUUUAAGAUCUCACCCUCGGUCGGAUGUGUUAUGACUGGCUCAAUCGCCGAUGCCAGAGCCUCAGUCGUCCGUGCAAGAGGAGAGGCAGCAGAAUUCAGAUACAAGAAUGGGUACGAAAUGCCCUGCGAUGUUCUGGCUAAGCGACUCGCCAACAUCAAUCAGGUAUACACGCAACGAGCCUACAUGCGACCAUUGGGCGUAGCCACGACGCUGGUCUCGGUCGACGAUGAGUUCGGCCCCCAGCUUUACAAAUGUGAUCCAGCAGGCUACUACGUUGGGUACAAAGCAACGGCGUCUGGACCCAAGCAACAAGAGGCACUCAAUCACCUUGAGAAGAAGCUGAAGAACAAGGACCAUGCUCCUGGCAGCUGGGAGGAAGUCGUCGAGCUAGGCAUCAGCACUCUCAGCACGGUCUUGAGUGUGGACUUCAAGAAAGGCGAAUUGGAGAUUGGCAUCGUGGGUGGACCAAGAGCUGACCGGAAGGAGGGUACGGAUAAUGAGUUCAGGAGUCUGACGGAAGAUGAGAUCGAGGAACGUCUCCAGGCUAUCGCGGAACGUGAUUGA